UUCAUGUUUCUGUAAUCCUUUGUUUUGUGUAUUUUCUUUAUAGAUCAGAUUGCAAGUUUACAUUCUACACAUGUUCUUUUAAUUUUUGUUAGAUUCAUACCUCUGGAGGAUUUUUAAAAAAAUAAACUACAAGAUCCCAUUCAUUGUGGUUUGGUUCCAUUACCAGUGCACCAGAUUGACAUAACAAAAGUAGACAGCAACCUGUCUAAACUUCUGUAACUAUAGCCACUGCAUUUUUCUUUUCUUUUUUGAAAAAUUUUAUUGUGCCUGUGACUUUCGUUUAGAUCGAGAAAUAAGACUAAGGCCAUUUAAAAAAAAUGUAAAUUGGUGAUCAUACCCACUCGACCCUCCAAAAUGCCUCCAACCCAAUUUUUUAAAAUUUUCCCAAAAAAGAGGGGGAUGUAAAAAAGGACGAAAUGAGAAAUGAUCCCAAGCUUACCCUUUGGCCUAAGAAUUUGUGCAAGACUAGUUCAUUCUCGAUCGGAGGCUGUUCCCUCUAUUGGACAUGUGCACUAGGAAAGGGCAAAGUGCCAUUCAAUUUAUUGCAAGGGUGGUAAAUGGAAGAGCUUCACUGAGUAAUCAGACGCUGCCACAUCUGAAUUAUUUGCUGCGGCUGCAACUGUAUGCACAAACAUAAUAAAACCUUGUUAGGAAGAGAACUGUUUAUUCCAGAUUCUGCUAACAUAAUAAGAACUUUUUAGGUCCAUUUCUUUGUUUUUCACUGUUUUGUAUUGCUAAUGUAAAAACAAGGUUCCUGUUAUAACAAGGUAAUAAACCAAGUCCCAAGGACCUGUUAAACCAGGGUUCACUGUACUAACAUUCUGCAUAAAUUGACCGUCAUUUAAACACAUGUGGACAUUUCUUACUCCCACCCCCCCUCCCAAAAACAUCUUCCCCUACCCUCCCUUUAUGGGCAGAAAGGAUGAUCACCAAUUGUUUUUUUACAUGGCUUAGUGAUAGGAUUUUCACAAUAUACAUGUACAUUACAUGUAUGAGCAGACACUCUCUCGAGAUGGUGAAAUGCCAUUACCGAUGAACAUUUUUCAUUCAUGUUACUCUGCUGUUGUGGUUGUGUGUAAACUAUACACAGGCCUAUCCCUGUUCUGUAAUUUUCUGAGUUACAAUUAAAGAGUAAGACCCAACAAAUUCCUAAUUUCCGCCUGAUCCUUCCCCCACACUUUGCCUACCAGAACCAGCAGAAUUCACCCACUGAACCACCUCCAUACAACCAGACAGGAUGCAUUUUUAUAAGUGACAAGGGCAUAAAUCAGGCAUCACCCAAACCUACAUUGUACUUAUGUACAUGUGCAUGUACAUGUACAUGUACAAGCAGAUGGAAGCUGGUUUGCGAAUCGUACCAUCAUCACAAUGUCUUACAUCAGCCUGAAGAAAAAGGCGACUGUUGCUCUCUUGUGCCUCGUGUCCUUCACUGUGGGUUGUAUCCUGACGACCAAACUCCACUCGCCACAGUCUUUCCAAAUGCCAUCAGGCCUCGCCUCGUUGCAGGCAAGCCGACUGGAUUUGGGCAAAAGGAUAAGAGGACAGCGACUGAAGGACAACAGCAAGAAUGUCACCGAAUCCAAUGCAGACAUGUAUGCUGACCACCGUGAAGCUUCUGUUGAUGACGAGAGAGCACUUACCGACCAAAACGAAACUGACAUUUUCACAGAUUACACUUACGAUACAGAUAAAGAAGCUGUGUCAGCCAACUCACAUGCAGUAGCCCAGCCUGUGUCCAAGCAUCACUAUUUUGUUGAGGUGUCGGACCCAAGGGCAGGACUCAUCCUGAAGAAGGUGAUCAGCAAACUGCCUCGUAACCUCCUGAGAUCAGUCGUGUUUGGCAAGAAGAUUUUUGAUGAGCGGGAACUGUCCUUGUUGGGCAGCAAGAAGGCACCCACUGUGAGCCUUCAGAAGAAAUGGGCAGCACUCACUGAGGGAAUGAGGGAAGUGGGCUACGAACAGCGACUUCCAGUUGUCAUCAACAUUGGUGUCAAAAAGAGUGGGACCAACGCCUUCGGAUUUUUCAUUUCACAGCAUCCGCAGAUUGUUCAUUCCAUCGGCAAUGAGGUCCACUACUUUGACUGGAACUAUGGCAAGGGGAUUGAGUAUUACCGCUCUCGGAUGGGUUUCUCCAAGGCCAACCAAUUCACCUUUGAAAAGACGCCGCGGUAUUUCAUCACUCCUGACGCACCAAAGAACAUCCUGAAGGAUCUCCCGAGCAAUGUGAAGUUUGUGAUCUGUGUGCGGGACCCCGUGGAACGGGCGAAGUCGGACUUUAGGCAUGAAGCCGAGUUGGCGAUGCGGCGCGGCAAGAAAGACAGGGUUGCAGUUCGUACACUUGCAAGGUCUGAGACACCGGCCUCACAAGGCGAGAAAUUUGAACAAACAGUACUUGACAAGAAUGGCAAUAUCAAUUUGUCCAGUGAUAUAAUCAGUGCAAGCGUCUUCUCCAAACACUUCAAAAACUGGUUGGAGCACUUCCCUCGAGAUCGAUUCUACAUUUUGAGUGACGAAAAAGUGAACAAAGAUAUCUACACAGAGAUGAAAAACAUUGAGAAUUUCCUUGGCUUAGAGCCGUUCUUUGAGAGGAACAUGUUUUUCUACAACAGGGAGAUCCACGCACCUUGCAUGAAGGUUGAGCCAAGACCUUGCCCGGCCAAGAGCACUCCAGGCUUUCUGCCCAAGGCAGAGCCUAGCCCGGAGGUCAUCCAAAAACUGAGAAAUUUCUUUCGGCCAUAUAAUCAGGAAUUUGAAAAGCUUACCCAAAUGGAAUUUUCAUGGACAAAUCUAUAAACUAAAGUUGGAUAAGUUUAGAAUGGUACUUAAAACGAGUAUGUCAUUCCUUUGCCUUCAGUGUACUAAAUUGUGUUUCUCACAAAAUGUCAUACAUUACAAGGACAGUUUGAUUAUUGAUCAGUAAUCAAACAAAACUCAACUUUUUGAUUCAAAAUGUUGGUUAGAAUCUUCGUGAAUCUUUCUGAAUUCCAGGAACUGCAACUACUGUUUUAUGGCACAUACAUGUACCUUGUGUUUCAAACAAAACAGGAACGUCAAGUUUGGCUUUGAAGUCCCGAAUCUCUGAAGGUUUUCAUGGAGAGGAAUCAUUAUUUCAUACAUAAACAUGUACAUGUAGCUACUGGCUCAUGUAACAAUUGUUGACUGCUGUGAUGUGGGAUAUGAUGUUUUGAAAACCCGAGGAAUCAUAACACCCUCAGCUUUGUCUUGGGUACUAUGCAUCCUUCAGGUUUUCAACAAUUGUGUCAUAUCUCUGUCUUGGCGAUGCUUUUCAAUUGCUUUACCGAUUUGAAGGGAAACUAAAGGCAAUAGGGAAAUCUGUGCACACUGGCAGUCAGCGAUCCCUGCAUUAACCUGUACACUGGAGGGAAUGCUUUCAUGCAUCACAGUGUGUGUGCGAUAUGUGAUAUCUAAUUGUGAAUGUGACAUGUGGUUAUGUUGCCCUACCAUGUGAUUGCUCUGAGCCAAUAAAAAACAAACUAAAAAACAAACAAACAGUAUUCAAGACAGAGGUACAGCAAUGGCAAAUUCAUGGUAGUGAAUCCAUACCAGUUUUGCUUUUUCCAUGCAUGUGAACAACCAGCCUUGUAUGUAAUAGUGGCAACCAAAGUUUGUAAAUGGAAAAGCAUUGCUUGUUUGUCUUGGUUGGCCAGAUGCCUGAACCUUACACUGUACAUGUACUCCUACAAUACACCACAUGUACAGCACAUGUAGUUAGAAGCAAACUGUACUUGGAUAGGAAAUGUAAAACAAUAUGCUAAUUCUUUACAAGUACAAGUACAUGUACUGUAGUAUGUAACAUGUACAAUGUAUCUCGUAACCUGUACACUGUAUGUGUGAUAGUGGGAUAUUUACAUGUAUGUAGUGAUAUUAAUGCAUAGCCAUAACCUUGAGGUUUAGUGUAAAUCAUGGACAAUCUUAUUGGAUGUGGCAUGGUUAGGGAUGGUUGAGGUCAAUUCCAUUUCAAAGCAAAUGUGGAAAUCAGCCAGGCUAUUGCAGAUUUGCUGUUGCAAACUUCAUAAACAAGAAACAUGUUCGGAAACUGAAAAUGGGAAAAAAGGAAUGAUACUGUUACUUUUACUUGCAUUAAAAAAAAAGACUUUAGUUUGUGAAUCACAAAUGAUGAGGUUGGCAAAAACAGUUUUGCCUGUUUCCAUACUGUGGAAUUACCCAUGAGCAUGUACAUGUACUUGCCGGAAGUAAAUGGUUUUCUAGAUAUUUACAUGUACGCGUCCACAAAACAAGAUCUUUUUUUGACAAUAACCGUAAGCUGUUCCAAACAGCUUGUCAAUGUGAAAUUCAAAAUGUUAUGACUCUGCACACUCAUUAAUCCCUUUUCUCAACUGUUUUGUGCGUUCUAAAGUACUUAAUUAAAUCAGUGUGUAACUCUAAA